AGGGUCAUUCCUGGGAUCAAGUCAAUUUCAGGGUGAUAGCCCCGCCCCCGGGGGGGCUGCUGAUUGGAGAAAGCUUUGGAAGUUUGGUGUCCAUCAAUGUGUCAAUCAGAGCGCGGUGAGGAGCGGAGCUCCAGGAGGGAGAGAGAGAGGGAGAGAGAGAGACAGAGGGAGAGAGGGAGAGAGAGAGAGGGAGAGAGAGAGAGAGAGAGAGACAGGGAGAUCGCUAGUCCCACAAUCAUGCCACAGCUUAACGGAGGCGAUGAUCUGGGGGCGAGCGAUGAGAUGAUCUCGUUUAAGGACGAGGGGGAACAGGAGGAGAAGAGUCCGGGCAGCGUGUCGGCCGAGAGGGAUCUGGCCGAUGUCAAGUCGUCGCUGGUCAACGAGACGGAGGAGACGGACACUCGCAGCAGCUCGCCAGAGUCCGAGGCUGAUCGCCGUCCUCAGCCCAGGAACACAGAGCGUUAUGCGGACAAACCCCAGGAUUAUCAGCACGAAGUCAAAAGGCAAGAUGGAGGUUUGUUCAAGGGAGCAGCUUACCCCUUCAUCAUGAUCCCGGACCUGUCGGCUCCCUACCUCCCCAGCGGAUCCCUGUCUCCAGGGGCUCGAACGUACCUGCAGAUGAAGUGGCCUCUGUUAGAUGUACAGGCGGCCAGCUGUCUCAAAGAUUCACCAUCUCCCAUCCACCUGACGAAUAGGUUGCCUCUGGUGCAGCAUGCUCACCACAUGCAUCCCCUCACUCCACUCAUUACAUACAGCAACGAGCACUUCUCGCCAGGGAACCCAACCCCUCAUCUAUCCUCUGAGCUCGACUCCAAGGCUGGACUCCCUCGGGUUCCACACCCCUCCGAGCUGUCUCCUUACUACCCACUGUCUCCUGGCACAGUGGGGCAGAUCGCUCACCCAUUGAGCUGGGUCAUGCCACCGCAAAGUCCACCGCUCUACCCGAUUCCAGCAGGAAGCUUCAGGCCCUCCUACCACACAGCGCUGACUGUCAAUGCUUCCAUGUCCAGGUUUUCUCCUCACAUGGCCCCAGCACCACAUGCUUCACAUGCAACUGGAAUUCCUCAUCCAGCCAUAGUGACAACAGGUAUCAAACAGGAACGGCUUCAUAACCAGCCCAGCCCCAACGAUGCCUCGAAGCCCCUGGUGGUGAAGAAGGAAGAUGAGAAGAGGAAGCCUCACAUCAAGAAGCCACUGAACGCUUUCAUGUUGUACAUGAAGGAGAUGCGGGCUAAAGUGGUGGCGGAGUGUACACUGAAAGAAAGUGCUGCCAUUAACCAGAUCCUGGGACGCAAGUGGCAUGCUUUGACUAGAGAAGAGCAGUCGAAAUAUUACGAACUCGCAAGGAAGGAACGACAACUCCACUCUCAGCUGUAUCCUGGGUGGUCAGCACGGGACAAUUAUGGGAAGAGGAAGAAGAGGAAACGGGACAAGCAGCAGGCAGAGACAGACAGUCGAGAUCUCUCCUUGCCAGUGUCCCGUCGGAGGCUGAAGUGUGUCCAGUACCUGCGGGCAGAUGAGAGCAGCGCCCCACCUGUCUCUGCCAGCGGCAGCAUCUUGGACUCACCACCUUCGCCGUCCACUCUGCAGCUACUGCCAGAUCCCCCAGCCUCCGAGCAAGCUCAGCCCCUGUCACUCAGCACAAAGCUGAGCGCCCCAUCCUCUAUUACCCCAGCUUCCGGCCUUACCGAGAGUAGCCCCUCACCUGCCAGUGCACGGCAGCUCUCCUACACUGCCAUCCCCACUUUCUUGUUGACUCCUCCCUCAUCAGUGGAGGCCGCUACACAUUCCCAACACGCUGUACCUGCCAUGCAGACGCAGCCAUUGUCCCUCGUGACCAAAUCUGUGGAGUGACCGUGUACAGCCCGUAUCUCAGACCCGCAUCCUCCCAGAGAGUUUUUAAAAGAUGUUCUUUGCUGGUCAAUAUUUGACCCAAUUCUGAUACUGAAACCUGUAAAUAUAUUUUUCAGUUGAUGCAGCUGGAGGGAGGGGGUGAAGUGAGGUGCAAGUGAGGUGUUCCGCUGACUACGGGGGGUCUUUCUCUCUCUCUUUCUCUGUUUGAACCAGCUCAGUUUCAAUUCUUGAGUUCAACAUUAUUGGUGGAGGUGCCCUUUGAACUCCCGCCUUACCUGAGUGUGGGGAUCAGGUUUCAUCAGGGGUCAGGGAGAGAUGGCUGAAUUCCCAGAUCUCACUGGAGCUCUGGCAGACAUUGGCCUCUUCAUGGAAAAGGCUGACACUGCCCAGGGGCU